AUGUUCCUUUCUGGCUGUCCCCUGUCUGCGUGGUUGCUGUGCGCUCUCUUCACUCCGCACGUCAUCAUCUGGUGCGCUGCUCUCGACUCGGUAGAAGUCGAGCCCUCUCCACACUUUGGCUCAAGUGCUUCUUGGCCUCAGGUGGGAAGACAGGCAGACAAGACGACCGAGAAGCAGCAGCAGCCUGUGGCACAUGAUCGCAUGGAUCAAGGAUGCACAACCAAGCUAGAAAAAGGUGCCUGGCCAGAGAGCAGUGGAGAAGCGGAGCCCCUGCUCGAAACAGCCUCGAUCGUUCAAGCCACCUCGCGAUGGACGGCCUCUCCCGUUGAUACGCCAGCUCCACGCGGAAUGCGAGGCCAGAGUUGCACCAGACCAGCCGGCAAUCUCACUUCCCCUUCUCUUCGCUUCUUGUUGGCCGCGAAGAUGCUUACCUGCAAAGCACGCGCAUCUGCCGCCCCGAGCAGGCCGGGCCGGUGUUAUUUUGCACCUCACAGGUUCCUCGCCCACCCUUGGCAAGAUUGUGCUCAAGAAGAUGGACAAUCUUCCCAAUCCUGA